AUGCUCGAUGCAGUGAAGAAUUACAGUCUCUUCCAGGACCUAAAUGGGCGACUGAUGCUCAUCGGGGCUGUGUCCUCGCUCGGCGCCAUGGGGUUCGGCUUCGACAAUGGCUGGUGGGGAGGAGCCCUGGGUCUAUCGGAGUUCCAGCGCAAGUAUGGAGAAUGGGACGAUCAGCUUGGCCAGUACAGCAUCCCAUCACACAAAACAUCAGUGGGAACAGGGACCGGGUCGGCUGGUAUCAUUCUCGGGUGCAUCGUCGCUCCGUUCGUGACUACCACGCUCGGGCGUCGCAAUGCCUUUCUUGUGAUGUCCGCGUUGAUGUCCGUCGGUAUUACCUUGGAGGCAUCAGCAGUGACCUCCUUCUGGCAGCUGGUUGUUGGUCGGAUUAUUGUGUAUUCUGGGAUAGGGCUGGCAUCGAACUGUGUCCCUUUGUAUCUGUCUGAAUGCUCUCCUCCAAGAAUCAGGGGUGCAUUUCUCGCUCUCUACAGUUUCUUCAACUCGCUGGGAGUAUUUCUCGCAUCAAUUGUUGUCUAUUUGUCUCGUAACCGGCAAGACAAGUGGCAGUAUCUGAUUGUCAUUCUGUGUCAACUGAUCGUUCCCAUCGGCUAUGUGACCUUCUUUGUUUUUCUGCCCGAGUCUCCAAGAUACCUGGUCUACCGCGGCCGAUACGACGAAGCUGAAGCAGUGCUGCGGUCACUAUCAAACCACCCAGAGACAAUCCCACAAGAAGUCGAACUGCUCAAAGCGCAAGACCUCGAACAGCGCGAGCUUCACCGCGCGACGUCUAUCUGGGAUUGCUUCCAGGGCACCAAUCUGCGCCGCACGAUUAUCGCCAUGGGAGUGCAGAUCCUGCAACAGGCCCAGGGUGUCUCAUUCAUCCAGAACUUUGUGGUCACCUUCAUGGAGCAGCUCGGAUUUCCGGACCCGCUGCGCAGUAAUCUUAUGGUGACGGGCUGCAGCUUUGCAGUGCAUAUAAUUACCUUCCUUACUUUUGAUAAGAUCGGGCGAAGACCGUCGUUGUUCCUGGGAUCUAUCCUGCUGGCUGGGACGAUGCUGGGUACUGGGGUAGCAACGAGUACAGGGACUGCUGGGAACUACCCCGCCACAGCGGCCGAGGCGUCUGUUGCCCUUCUUAUUCUCUGGUACUGCAUCUACGGAUUUACCUGGGGCCCUGGAUGCUGGGUUGUGGCCGGCGAGGUUGGGACUGGCCAGCUGCGAGAGCGCACGUUGUUUCUGGCCUCUAUGGGCAGUUUCGUUACUUCGGUUCCUAUCAACUUUGUCAACCCGUAUGUUCAGGCCGAUUUGGGUGGCGCUGUGACGUUUAUUUACGGGGGGUUCUCGGUGGUUGCUGCCGCUUGGGUGUGGCUCAUGGUUCCUGAGACGAAGGAUCGGUCGUUGGAGGAGCUGGAUGACAUGUUCCAGGCGCGAAUCUCGACCAGGGCGUUCAAGAACCAUGUUUGCACGGGACUGGGUGCUGCAAUUACUGGACUAGUGGAGGGUAAGGCUGAUGCAGAGUGGGUAGAGGAGAAGCUUGCGACACGGUCAUCUGGAUAA